AUGCAGCCAAGAGAUGCUCACGCCACACCCAAGUCGAGCAAGGCCAUCCCGACCAAUACGGUCACCUACAAGGGCAGGAAGAUACCUGCUCGUAUCGACCCAGCUGCUCGCCUCGCUUAUAUCGUCGAGAUCAUGGCGCAGUCCUUCGAGGCUAGCGAGCACCACAUCACCCUCUGUCUCCGAGAUGAGGCAGACCACCUGGUCACACAGCCCAAGCUCGCCAGUAAAGUUGCCAAGGGCGAGAUGCUCAAACUGGCUCCAUCCCCAACGACCGAAGCUCUAGCAGUCAUCACCUCGUUAAAGGCCUAUCUGGCCCAGCCCCAGACGCACCGCCGGAUCCCGAGCGUAGACCAGUCCUCGAUCAACCUCAGUACGGACGGGCAUGCGCGGGAUGGGAUUUCGCUAAAGCUUGCGCUGUUCAACCUGCAAAAGUAUAUCAAGGAGGAGGACUUUGUGGUGGACUUUAUGCUGAAGGGAGGGGUGAAGAUGCUGCUGCGAUUGAUGGAAGGUGAAGGGGCGUUGACGGGGAAUAGUCUGGCUUACGCCCUGCAAGGGAUACGCGGCCUCCUGGAGUUCGAAGCCGGAUGGGCAGAUAUCGAACCCCAACAAAUCGACCGGAUCCUCUCUAUUCUCUGCUCGACCGCCCAGCCCAAUGUCCUCCGACCAGCAACGGCCAUCAUCCGCAAAUUUGUCAUUUCCGCUCCGCACCUGCAGGGCCAGGGCUCGAGCGGGACCGCGCAGCAUGGUGAUGCCUAUACUACGCCCGUAGCGACUCGCAAGUCCAAGGGGAAAGAGAGAGCGGAUGUGCCGAGCGGAGGAGCGGAUGGUCGGUUUGGCUUUGAUGCUGUUUGGGCGAGGAUGGGGAGGGCUGGCGCAGACCUGGAAGGAGACGGGAGCGAUAUGGAGAAGUUCUGGCGGGUCGUGCUCAAGCGCCUGGAAGGGACGGGUGAUCUAGAACUGGUCGCUCUGAGUCUCGGACUCAUUAAUGCUUGUCUGCGAACAGCGGAUCAACACAAUUCUGCACACUACCCCGCCCUCAUAGCGCUCCUAGAGAACUUGUCUGUGCGGAAAUACGUCUCGCGCCUCAUGUCGACAAGCUCCGCCAAUGCCGUCGAGCCCCAAAUCCUCAACUUCCAAUCCCGCUGGACGUCCAUCCUACAUCGCAAGCGGCUCACCCCAGUCCGGGCACACCGUGAUCCAAAUCACCAGAAGAUACUAGCCGAUAUCUGGGCGCUAGGUGGUCUGGGGCGGGGCGCGAGGCAUCUGCGGGGGUGGCAGACCCUGGGACUGGCGGAGGAGGGCCAUGAAGGUGAUGCUGAGGGCGAAGGGGGAUUGUUCAGGGAUGUCGGAGAGUUGGGAUUGGAGUGUCUGCACUGGUAUGCCACACACGAGGGCAAUUUUGGCAAUAUUGUCAACGAGCAGCAGGCCAGACAGGCGAAUAGGAGAUGUCCUGUCGGACGAGCUAGUACGGAAUGCGUCAAGAUCCUGUGCGAGCACUACAAGAUCUCUCAAGCGGGACACGUACAUCCAGCGCAUCUCCAGCUGUUCCUGCUCUCCUUCCCACGCUUACACCAUAUCGCCAUGAGCUUCUUCCUCCGUAGGAUGUGGCAUGAAUCCGAAUCGCGCUCUUCCGACUUCUCUCGACUCGCCAACCUCGUCCGCUCUCAGCUCUUCUUCUCGCUAGCAAACGAGUCGCAAGCGACAUGGCUCAGCCUCGAGCAAGACCUGCUAGAGAGCGAUUAUUCUGUCAUUCGGGAGAGACAGAUGGAGAUGCUGGAAAAGGAGGAUGGGAUGAUGGGUAAGGAAGGCGUGAGGGGUUUGAGGGAGACGAUGGGGCGAGAGGCGUACGAGGUGGUCUCGGAUCAACGUAUCGGCUGUAUGCUCCAAGGCGCUUGGUUCAACGCUGCUACUCUGGUUCUAGGUGGUAUUCAGGCGACCGUCAAGCCGAAUGCAACGAGGCCAUUGCGCUUCGUCAGACUGUCCCCAAAUCGGAAGACCCUAGCUUGGGCCGACUUUGCCACGCGUACAGCCGUAGCGCCGCCGUACGACACACUGCGCGAACGAGUCGAAAUCAGCAACAUCACCUCUGUCCUCCCUUCUACAUCCACAGCAGUCAACUCCCGCUCACAAGGCACCGCCUCCAAAAUGUCCUUCUCCUUCCUCUCGGGACCCGAAAUGAGUCUGCUCGAUCUCGACGCGGUACAUUCUGCGCAGUUCUCGGAAUGGGUGGAUGGAGUCAGGGUCUUGAGGGGUGAAGGAGGGAUGCGGAGCUUGGAGAGCAGCGUGUAUGUCAAGGUGUUGACGGAGAUUGCGCUCAAGGUGCGGUUGUUGGAUAUCACGGGCGAUGGAGUGGAAUUGCCGGAUAAGGUCACUUGGGGUCAGGCGCCUAAGAGUGUCGACUUUUGGUAUGCCAAGUGA